GCUUCGCCCAGAGGACCUUCAUCCCGUACACCGAGACCUUUGGAGACAGUUUUGUUCAGGGACGAGUUCAGAGAGUCGACACCGACAGACAGACGGUCGUCCUGGAGGGAGGGAGGGAGAUCCAGUACUCCCACCUCAUCCUGUGUACUGGGACUGAUGGAGCGUUCCCCGGGAAGUUCAACACUGUGGCGUCGUACCAGACCGCCGUCCAGAUGUACAAGGACUUCAUCAAGCAGGUCCAGGCUGCAGACUCGGUGUUGGUGGUUGGAGGAGGGUCGACCGGUGUGGAGAUGGCUGCUGAGAUCAAGACAGAGUAUCCAGACAAGAAGGUGGUUCUGAUCCACUCCAGGAUCGCGCUGGCUGACCCGGAGCUGCUGCCCAGCGUCAGACAGCAGGCCAAGGAGGUUCUUCUGGAGAAAGGAGUGGAGCUGCUGCUGGGUGAGAAAGUGUCCAACCUGUCGGAGCUGCAGCUCAAUGUGACCCAGAAGAACUCAGUGGUGACCACUGAGAGAGGAACAAAUCUCACCUCGGAUCUGAUCAUCUGCUGCACCGGACUCAAGGUCAACUCUGCAGCCUACGGCUCCAGCUUCCCCGGCUGUCUGGCCGAUAACGGAGCUCUGAAGGUGAACGAUCACCUGCAGGUUCAAGGUUUCUCCAACGUCUUCGCUGUCGGCGACUGCGCCGACGUCAACGAGCCCAAGAUGGCGUACCAUGCAGGGCUGCACGCCGCCGUCGCCGUGGGCAACAUCACCAACAGUCUGAGCGGGAAGGAGCUGACCUCAUAUCACACAGGUAACGUCACCAUGUUGCUGGCGAUGGGUCGUGACGACGGCGUGGGUCAGUUUAACGGGUUGAAGUUGCCUCGUUGCCUCGUUGCCCUGGCGAAGAGUCGAGAUCUGCUGCUGUGGAAGAGCUGGAGGGAGAUGCAACAGCAGCAACCCUGACACACACACACACACACACACACACACACACACACACACUCUUAUACUUGUGAGGACCUUCAGUCAGUUUACAUACAAAACCAGAAAAGAUCAAAUAGUUUCUUCUUCUUCUCUUUUAUUUUCUCUUCCAUCGAGCAGCUCAACGUGUUCAGGUGUUCUCUUUGUUUCACGGUGGAGUUUAAAUACUGUAGAAUGAACGAUGGCUGAUCUCAGGUCUGUGCAUGUUACAGUUAUUUAGAUUCAUGUUCAGGAACUUUAACUUCCAGUGGAAGAUUUCAUUUGAUAUUAAACUGUGCCUAACUUGACAGAAAGAUGCUUCUUUUAUUUGAGUUUGUCUUUAAAGUUUCACUGAUUCAACAACAUUUUUCAGAUGUUUUUUGAUAAUCUGUUUUAUACAAACAUGUUUAAUGAUGUUUCUCUGAGCUGAUGCUAAGCUACUUCAAAAUGCUAAAUAAAUGUGGAUUAUUGAAACAUGGACCAUGGAUAUGAAGAAUUUAAACGUUGUUAUUUACACGUUUCAGCCUUAAAAAAUGUUAAAAGAAAACGUGAAGCACAUAUUUAUAGACAGCUUCUUUAUUAUGUAAUGCCAAAACAAUAAAUACAAAUAUUUUAA